AUGGCCCUGCGCUACCCCAUGACCGUGGGCCUCAACAAGGGCCACAAAGUGACGAAGAACGUUAACAAGCCGAGGAACAGCCGGCGCCGAGGGCGCCUCACCAAGCACACCAAGUUCGUGCGGGACAUGAUCAGGAAGGUGUGUGGCUUCGCGCCCUAUGAGCGGCGCGCCACGGAGCUGUUCAAGGUGUCCAAGGACAAGCGAACGCUCAAGUUCAUCAAGAAGCGGGUGGGCACGCACAUCCGGGCCAAGAGGAAGCGGGAGGAGCUUAGCAACGUGCUGGCAGCCGUGAGGAAGAAGGACUGA